GACCUCAUCAUGAACUUCACGAACAUCAAUGAUCCCGCAGGUAUCAAAGCUCUACUCGAGCAACUGAGAUCGUCGCAGGCCUGGCAAGAGAGUAUUGGCACUGACCCCAAUGGCGUAGCCAAGAAUUCACCGCCGACGUCAAUCACACCUCAGGCUACACCACCCCUGACACUGCAACCACCCGCUACCACAAGCGAUCCAUCUAAAUCGUCGUCCUCGGUGGCCGAUUUACUCUCCCAACUUAAUUCAUCCGAAUGUAAAAUCCCGUCGAGGCCCCCACAACCUUCAACAUCGCGUUUCACUACGCAACAGACAUCCCUGCAACAACUUUCACAACCGGCUAGCCACAACUCCACCCCUCAGCCUCCAGACACCUCGGCUCAUCAGUCAGCUGCAGGUACCAGGGCAUUCACGCGCGGGCAGGACCUCCGCAUGAUGUCAUUUCAACAGGCCUUGCCCCAUCUCACACUGCUGGCAGAAAGUGCAGACUUUGUUGCUGCCAUAGCCCGUUUACGAGAAGAGCAGAAUGACUUGGAGAGACAAUUGUGGGAAGAACGGCUCGCUAUACAUAGGAAACACGAGAACAAAGUCAAGGUUGCACAGACCAAGUCCGUGCACUUUCUCAGUGAUACAUCCCCUUUCAUCAUUAAUGACGUCCCUCGCAGAGCCGGGUUGAUUGGCGCAGGCAUAUCACAGCACGAGGCAGAUAUGCUGAACGAUGCAUUUCGGAAAGAGCUGCAAAAGUUUGAUGCGGAGCGCGUGCUUUUCGCAUGGGACGGCCUCUUGCAGAAGCAGCAGUCUUCGCUGGAAGCCCUCGGAGUACCAACCAUGUUCCCCACCGAUUUGCGGGCCGAUAGAGAGGUGAGUAUCGAAGCAGCCACCAAGAAACGGACUAGUCUCAUCAUCGUGUUACCAGAAACAACAGAAAGUAGUCCAAGUCUUGGAAGGUAUAGUGGGGUGACGAGGAUUUGUAAAUCUUUCUGCUCGAUGGCGGUCGUUGCUGUUCGACCCUUUUUCAUAUAUAUAACACUGUUUUGUAAAUUGCGUUGGUGCCUUGUUGUUGGUCCAUUUCUUGCUCUCUCCCGUAUGCCCUACAUCGAUAUCCCAUCCAGGGAGGACUACGUUUCUAUAUGGUACAUCACGAACUCCGACCACGGGAACGUUGGCAGCUUUGAUCCAGAACGGCCCACCUGCAUCCUCCUACAUCCUUUAUUUUUGGACUCAAGCUGGCUGAUUAGGCAUUUUGAUGAUCCCAGACUCUCCCAGGAUUACAACUUGAUAGCCUUUGACCAACGCACAUGCGGACGAUCACGAUGCAGACCCAGCCAAUGGCACGACAACUAUGUUGAUGCAGCCGAUCUUGCCAUGGCCUGUCAGGCAUUGCUUUUGCCUCCUGCACAUAUAUUGGCAUUCGAGGGGAUUUCUGUUAACGCGGCUCUCAGAUUGGCUGCAUUGUGGCCUGAGCAGGUCCUCAGUCUAACUUUAUGCGACGUUCCUCCUCCGACAGAACUUCAAUGGGUCUUCCACGCUUAUGACGAACUCCUUCAGUUGUGGUGCUACGCGCCUGACCUCGACUCGUUUGAACAUGCAGGUAAUGAAGUAGUGACUUUCAUGACUGGGGAGACCGAUAAUUUAGACCUUCAAGAUGAUUUGAUAGCCUACUGGGAGAAAUACACACCUCCUACAAAACGUCUGAGGAUAGUGGAACUUGUUAACAUUAUGAUGAACCGCACACUUUUGAGGCCCCAGGAACUUGCUAGUAUUAUUUGCCCUGUUCUUAUUAUUCAGGGAGAAGCAAGCCCGAUAGCUCCGCUGAAAUAUGCGGAGAAACUUAAACAGCAUCUAAUAAAUGCUAAAGAUGGUCCCCGGUUGUACACUGUCAAGGGUGCCAAAGCUUGCCUGAACAUCCUCCCUGGAAGCGCUUCGAUAGUGAACCAGGUCUUUUCAAAGUUUCUUGCCCAACAGCCUCGAACACGGUCCGACCUCAUUGCUAAAGGGAUGUCCAUACGAGAACGAUCGCAGAUUGCGCUAUCGAAGCUCGCGGAAUUUAUCGGCGACCCAUCUAUUGCCCAGAAGGAUCCUUGUUGUCCCCUCUCAUUUUCAUGUGUAAAACCCGAUGUUGCGAAAAGCCAGCUGGAAAAUUUGUUGUUUUACGCGAAGGGCCUGGAUACGGCAUACUGUCCACUUGGGAGAGAUGGUCGGCCGUUGCGGAAGUACUCUGAACGGAAGAAGGAGGCUCACUGGUUCCAAGGAGACAAGCAUGGCAAUAGCUACAUCGACACUUCCGAGCUCAAAGCUGCUCGCAACUACAAGGGAUACAAACAUUCGCAUUCUAAAUCUACCAGCUCUCCGGAACGUCCAGUGGCGGGAUCUUUAACUGCGAACAAAGAAAGCCUAGUCACAGACGAGGUCGCGCAGGAUGGUCGCAUGCGGCGAACGACCUACAACGCUGGCUCGGUCGACAAGCACGUUAUUAGAGGAACGAUGCAGAAGGUGGUAACACAACGUGCUCAUCUACCCAAGGGGAUGAUAACGAAGGCUCUGUUACCGUCCUGACUCAUCAUGAUGCCUGUACAAAAGUAUUUACUCUCAUUUUGUCUUACCAAGGCUGCUACAGAUCACAUACGACGUUUGGAUCCUUCAUACCUUAAUGUGUUUGGCAGGCUUAUAUAUGUAUCCACAUCUAAAAAGUUCAGAG